AGUCUAAGCGUUUAACGGGGUUUGGUAAAAUUUUCUGGAAGCUCCAUCUAACAUCGAGGGAGAAUGAUACUACAGAUGCGCAUUAUUCCCAGAGAUGGCGCGGCAGCGUCCCCUGACAGGUGAACAACCAAGGGGCGAUUGUUAGCUAGCAGUUCCUAGAACGAACAGUAGUGUUCUAUCACGUUUGCUUUCUAUUGAGCAAGGAUCCUUAUUUUUUGUUUUCGACGGCUUCUGCUGACUGAAAAGAACACAUUGGUGUUCACGCGUAUUAUAUACGAUCAUUAUUUUCAUAUGCUUAACUGCUAAGUUUAUGCAUUGAUGCAUGGGAAGAGACAAUAUAUCUUAUGAUUCUAUCAUGAAAAUGAGCGGUUUGGUCAGUGGUAAUGUCCUUUCACCCACCACACAUAUUGCCAACCUUCUCCAAACACUCAUCAACCAAAAACCCCACCGAAAAUGGGGUAGUGUUGCUUUUGGCCGAAUGUUUAGGGUCUCUUUGUUCGAUGACACAUUCCUAUGCAACAGGCUUGUUGAGUGUUUUGCAAAAUCUGGUGAUUUAAAUAAUGCCCGCAAAGUGUUUGAGAGAGUGCCCCAGAAAAAUGUCUAUUCAUGGAAUGCCAUUAUCAGCGCAUUCUGCAAACAUGGGAACAUGGACGAGGCACAUAAGCUGUUUGUUGCAAUGCCUGAGAGAAAUGUGGUAUCCUGGAAUACUUUAAUUGGUGGAUUUGUGCUAAGUGGGUACGAGGAGAGAGGGUUGAGUUUUUAUAAACAGAUGAACAAGGAAGGGUUUAGAUCCAGUCAUUUCACCCUUGCAACUGUUCUUAGUGCGGCUGGCAAACUGGGUGAUUUGGAAAUGGGAAGGCAGUGCCACAGCCAGCUUGUCAGAGUCGGGUAUGAUUUGAAUUUAUAUGUUGAGAAUGCUCUUGUUUGUAUGUAUGCAAAAUGUGGGUGUCUGGGUGAUGCCAGCCAAGUUUUUGAUGGAAUGGCUACACCGAAUGAGGUUUCAUGCACUGCAUUGAUGAGUGGGCUGGCACUUACUCAUCAUGUGGAUGAGGCAUUUCAAAUGUUUGGCAAGAUGCAAAAGAAUGGUGUUCGGAUUGAUGCUGUUGCACUGUCGAGCAUUCUUGGUAUCUGUACACGGAAUGCAAAAAAACAUGACAAAAAAUAUGUCUAUGAUGAAGCUUUAGAAUUAGCUUUUGACAUUGAUCAAAAGCCAACUGUUUCACCUGAUACUUGUGAUAAUUCAGGGGAGUCACUAGGUAGGCAGUUGCACUGUAUGGCUGUCAAGUCCGGUUAUGACUUGGAUCUUCUUGUUGCCAAUUGUUUGGUUGAUAUGUAUGCAAAAUUGGGCAGUAUGGAUGAAGCAGAAUCUGUAUUUAAAACCAUGCUUGAACAUAACACUGUGUCUUGGAACAUUAUGAUAGCAGGCCAUGGCCAAAGUGGCCAAGCUGAGAAAGCAAUGGAGCUGAUGUGCCUCAUGCAAGAAACUGGUUUUCAGCCUGAUGAAGUUACUUAUGGAAGUUUGCUUGGUGCUUUUGUGAAAUCAAAUAACUUGGAUACUGCAAGGAUGAUUUUUGAUCAAAUGGCAAACCCAUCUUUAACUUCAUGGAACACUAUAGUUGCAGGUUAUUGUCAGCAAGCAAAUGAUAAAGAGGCUUUAACAUUGUUUAGACAGAUGCAAUUCUCAGGGAUUCGGCCAGAUCGGACCACAAUCGCUGUGAUUCUUAGCUCAUGUGCUGGACUUGGACUUCUACAUUUUGGAAGACAGGUGCAUGCUGCUUCCAUAAAAGCAAUUCUUCAUCUUGAUGUUUUUGUUGGUAGUGGCCUGGUUGACAUGUACUCAAAAUGCAAACAAAUUAACCAAGCCAAAUUGGUUUUUGUUAAAAUGACUGAGAGAGAUGUGGUUGGCUGGAACUCAAUGAUAUGUGGCCUUUCUCUCCAUGCUCUUCAUGGUGAAGCUUACAUGGUGUUUAUGCAGAUGCUAGAGGACGGAACUCAUCCUACUCAGUUUUCUUAUGCAAGUGUAUUGAGUUCAUGUGCCAGACUAUCAUCCUUGGCUCAAGGCAAGCAGGUUCAUUCUCGCAUAAUCAAAGAUGGAUUUGAUAAUGAUAUAUUUGUAGGUUCUUCACUGAUAGACAUGUAUGCAAAAUCUGGCAGUAUAGAAGAUGCAUAUGGAUGUUUUCUCAUCAUGCCAGAAAGGAACAUAGUUUCAUGGAAUGAGAUGAUUAGUGGAUUUGCACAGAGUGGACAUGGCAACGAAGCCAUUAAACUGUUCGAACAGAUGUUAAAAUCCGACGAGAAACCAGAUAGCAUUACUUUUGUUUCAGUUCUGUCUGCUUGCAGCCAUUGUGGUAUGGUUGAAGAGGCAAUUCAAUACUUACACUCUAUGGAGGAAGAUUAUGGACUUGUUCCAUUAGCUGACCAUUAUGCAUGUGUUAUCGACUCCCUUGGCCGUGCUGGGCGGCUUAAAGAAGCAGAGGAGCUCAUCGAAAAGACAGAAUACAAGUCUGAUCCAGUCAUAUUAGGGGUGUUGCUUGGUGCUUGUAGAGUGCAUGGUAAUAUUAGCAUUGGAAAACGAGUAGCUGAGCAGCUUUUUGAGAUUGAACCGCAUAAUCCUUCUUCAUUUGUUCUGCUGGCUAACAUAUAUUCUGGUUUAGGAAUGUAUGAUGAGGCAUCAAAUGUCAGAAAAUUGAUGAAUGAACAAAGGCUCAUUAAGGAUCAUGCCUAUAGUUGGAUUGAGGGUAAAGGUAGAAUCCAUGCUUUCAUGGUCUCUGAUGAUAUGGCAGGUUUGGUGAUCAGAAAUUAGUAACCAUCUGAUAUUGUUUUGAGGAUUGGGUAAUCAGGGGACCUAUAUGACAGUUGGUUCUGCUUGAAGGAUCCACUGGAUUUAAGCAGUAGGACUCAGGACUAGACAUUCAAAUGGCUUUUUAAAUAUCAGCAUUACAGCUUGCAGCCUGUGCUCAGAAACUGAACUGUUAUAAUAAACGUGAUCUCAUCGAGGUUCAACCAAAAACGUGCUUUGUUUAUGGUUAACUUCACCAGUUCAAUCUGAAUAAUUUGGUGUCCUAAUAGCAAAACUUUGUUGCUUGCACCUGUAAUCUCUGGAGAUGAUAUUCUUCAGUGGAGUUCAAGAUAUUGCUGAAUCGUGACUUGGAUUUUUCAUCAUAAAAGCUUGCUAAUGAAGCAUGCACUUGUCUCGCAGCUUCAUUGUUGCUCUGCUAGGUCAAAGAAUAACUCUUAACAUUAUGAUUGAUAAAGAAACCUACUGCUUGAUACUCAUAAAGUGUUCGGUUCUGCUGCAAAGGAAAAAUCACUGGAUAUAUCUUUCGGUGAUGUCAAUUCGUCCAGAAGGACAGAGGUUAGGACUCUGAAGUCAGUUCUUCUAAGCAUCCUGAAGUUUGGGACAUCUUUGGGCAUGCAUUACAAACAGAAUGUAUUCUUGGUUUGAUAAAGAAUUUGUACUUUAACAUAACAGAAGACAGCAAAGUCAAAUUAUUCAACUUGAAAAACUCAAUAUUUAAUACAACUGAAGGAAAAAAGGAAAAGUAAAUAUGGUUUUAGUUUCAAAAGAGCAUUUUGUAAAGUUAUUCAAUACAAAGUCGAAUAAUUGAAUCACUGACUUUAAAAAGGGAAAUUUGAUACAUUCAUGGAAAGAGGAAAUGACUUGUUGGCUCCGCUGCUAACUGGGCUAUGAGCUCCCUGGCUGCCUGCUAAGCUUUUUACUUGUUCUUGUCCUCGUCAUUGUUGGUGCUAGAACUAGAUUAUUUUCUUUUGUUGAAGCCGUGAAGCAAUGUGAAAGCUGAAACAACGUGCUCUCUCAUUCUCUGACCUUCAUGGUGCAUCAGGAUCAGAUUGUCUUCCUCUGCCAUCUAUCCUCGUGAUUGGAUUAUAACAUCUCGUUUUAAGGCUUCUUACAAUGCCAAGAGCACUAGUUUUUCCUUCACUGGAGAAGGAAUCUCAUGGAUCUAUGACUGGUCAGCUUGGAACAUCUAAGGUUGGUCUACUGCAAAACAGAUCAACCACCGUGCCUACCACAGGUCAUGGGGUUCCAGGCAGAGACCUUAUGAGUGAGAGUAAGUUGAUGGAUCUUCUUCGUGGGUCAGAAUGUGAUGCCUAUGAAGAUAAAGAUGGGGACUGGAUGCUUGUUGAUGUGCCUUGGGAGUUAUGCACAUGCAGCAAGGAAAUGAGAGAAGGCUGCUCUCACUUGGGGAGAGGAAGACCAGUACACAAUUACCCUAGCUAGUUGUUGAAUGGUAAAAAAUCACAUAAAUUCCAAUUUUAGUUCAUCUUAGAUAGUUGAAAGGGAGCGCUAGCAGCUAGUGUGGUUUUGCUUUAGUUUUUGUUGAUUAGCUCACAACAGUUCUAUUGCUUAGUGACCAAGUUGUCAGACGUUAUAUUCUCGUAGACUGGGUAGUAUGGUUUUUGCUCCACUUUUGUUGAUUAACUCACAAGUGUUUUGUUGCUUAGUGAUCAGCUUGUCGUACGUUUUGGUCUCACGGGCUUCAUUGUCGUUACCCCCACUCUACCGAUUGACUACAUGCCCAUGUCCUUCGGUAAGCGGGGAAUAUUUGUUUUCUUUCUCUAACCAAACUAGCAUGGAGGUGUUUCCCUUAUGAAGAAAUCUUCGAGGCCACAAAUGGUUUCCCUUUGUCUACAUCUUUUCCUUAAAUAUUGAUUUCUGUCAACAAUUCUCACAAGAUGGGUUUAUGACAACAGAAUCUAGUGGGACAAGAGGGGUAUGCGGAGGUGCUCAAAGGAGUCUUAAAAUAAGGGCAAGCCAUCAUGCAUGCAUGACCUGUCAUUCGUCGGGGGAAAAUGCUUGUUAGGACCUUUGCUUUUUUGGUACUUUUAUGUAAUUUUUUGUAAUUUUUGACUAUGUAAUUAAACAUUAUUUUUUAAUAGUAUAAAUUGUUAUUUGUUUUUGUGUUA